AGCUUCCCUGCUGUAAAAUCUCCACUCUUUUACCUGAACCAAAAUACAGUUUCUCUCCUCUCUCUAACCUCUCAAUCUGCAUUUCUGUCAGUCUCACAGACACACACACACCAAUACCCAACACAUUUAUCUUCCCUCUCUCUCUGCACUGCACCAAAUAAUAAAAAUCACAGACAUACCAUAAUACUUUGCUCUUCUCUCUCUCCCGUGUUUCUGUUGGAGCACUUUGCCAAUGGAUUAUUAUUAUUAUUACUCACCCCCAAGAACCAUCUUUUUCACCGUUCACAUUAUCCUUCUCACCGGAAUAUCCUUGGCAUUACAGCAAUCAUCAUCAAAUGAAAACUCGAACUCUUUCCAAGUAAACUCAAACUCAGUCUUGGUAGCACUUCUUGACUCACAUUACACUGAAGUUGCUGAAUUGCUUGAAAAAGCUCUCCUUUUACAGACCCUUGAACAAGCUGUCGCCCGCCACAACCUCACCAUCUUCGCCCCUAGAAACGAGGCUCUAGAGCGUGACUUAGAUCCUCAUUUUAAACGUUUCUUGCUCGAACCGGGCAACAUCAAAUCUUUACAGGACCUUAUUUUGUUUCACAUCAUCCCUACUCGUGUCAGCUCGGCCCAAUGGCCCAGUCUUUCCGAGUCAACUGUCCAUAACUCUCUCUCCGAUCACCCUCUUAACUUAACCAGUCAUAAAUCUGGUCAAAGAAUUGUGGGUCUUGCUAGAGUGGUCCAACCGGAUUCUGUAACCCGACCCGACGGUAUUAUCCACGGAAUUGAACGUGUAUUGAUUCCACAAUCAGUUGAAGAUGAAUUCAAUCGCCGGCGAAAUCUCCGGUCCAUCAGCGCCGUAAAACCAGAAGGAGCACCAGAAAUCGACCCAAGAACAAACCGUCUUAAGAAACCCAGUUCAUUACCGGCGAAGCCCGGUUCACCGCCGGUUCUACCCAUAUUCGACGCAAUGGCGCCAGGACCUUCGCUGGCUCCAGCGCCGGCACCGGGUCCAGGGGGCCCACAUCAUCAUUUUAACGGUGAAGCACAAGUCAAAGACUUCAUAGCGACAUUGUUACAGUACGGAGGUUACAAUGAGUUUGCUGAUAUAAUGGUGAAUCUGACGUCAAUAGCCAAUGAAAUGGGUAAGUUAGUAUCUGAAGGUUAUGUAUUGACGGUUCUUGCACCGAAUGAUGAGGCAAUGGCGAAGUUGACCACGGAGCAAUUGAGUGAACCGGGUGCACCAGAGCAGAUAAUGUAUUAUCAUUUGGUACCCGAGUAUCAAACUGAGGAGAGUAUGUAUAACGCAGUUAGGAGAUUUGGGAAGGUUAAUUAUGAGACUUUGAGAGUGCCUCAUAAAGUUGUUGCUAUGGAGGCUGAUGGGUCUGUGAGAUUUGGGAGUGGUGAUGGUGCUGCUUAUUUGUUUGAUCCUGAUAUUUAUACAGAUGGCAGAAUUUCGGUUCAGGGGAUUGAUGGCGUUCUGUUUCCGGUCGAAGAGGAGGAGAAGAAGAAGAAGGUUAUGGAGAAAGAGUAUGUUGCUAAGGUUGUCACCAAAACUAGGAGAGGGAAAUUGCUGGAGGUAGCAUGUAAGAUGUUGGGGGCCUUUGGACAAGAUUCUCGAUAUACCACUUGCCAUUGAAAUACAAUCCUGCAUCCCACCACCGAUGGGCUUACGGAAGAAAGAUGCUAAGAUUCUCCCAGAACAAUGGGUUCAUAAAAGUGUAAAGAGUCCUGGAACGGCAUCCCCCACAAGGAAGACUACGAAAAUGUAAAAAAGUCAGAAUGGCAUCAAUCCCUCACAGGGAAGACUAGGAGCAAUUUCCAUCGUUAUUUUUGUUCGAGUUACGCUUUCUUUUUAUUAUGUUUUUGGUGUUUCAUUCUUCUCCUUUGAGGUUGUGCUUGGUUUUGGGUCACAAAAGAGAAGUGAACAAAAGGCAAGUGUAAUUAAAAAAACACAACUGAGUACAUAAAUGUAUCUUGUGUUCAGAUUAGUUAAGUUAGGUGCUUGUGGUGGUGAAGCUGAACCCUGUAUCGAAGAUGGAAGGGGCAAGGUUCGGUUUGCACAAAAUUAUUAUCUACAGAAUAAUAUCAUGGCAAGCUAGAUGUGGAAAAUACAAUAAAAUGGUGUGAUUGCAUGAGCA